AGCAGACCUACUUCCAAAGGACUCAGCACGUGCUAUGUGCCCCUUCCGAAUCUAGUUGAAAUGAAGAUAUAAAUGUGGUCCAUCGACGCUCAAUAAACUCAUCUUCAUUUUCACAUGUGAUGCCGCGGAACCAGACGCGAUUACAAUCUCCAUCAUUCCAAGCCGACGGCCGAUCGGGAUUCUCAUCCACUGCAAUCUAUUAAUUCGGAGGACACGGAUUAACAUAUAUAUAUUAAGAUCCCCAAAUCUCCAUCUCCAUAGUCGGCUUUAAAAAAAGACGGUAGUUCCUGACACCUCUCUCACAACCCGAGCAUCGCGCCCAACUGUGUAACAGCACUACGUCAUCCAUCAUGACCUCGUUAUUCACCAUCCCCAUUGCCUCGACAGGCGGAAGCAUCGUCUGCACGAAUCCGUCUCCAGCUGAAAAUGACAAGAAUAUCUACCUGCUCACAUUUACCUCGCCCAAGGACAACCGACUCACUCCGACCUUUAUCGAGGCGUUGUUGCUCGCGUUGGACGUGAUCGAGCAUCGCUUCCCCAAGGGCGUCGUGGUGACCACCAGCGGCAUUGCCAAAUUCUACAGUAACGGAUUGGAUCUGGAGCUGGCGACGAGCACAGAGGGAUUCCUGGAGAAAUGGCUGUGGAAAUUAUUCCGCCGAUUUUUGACAUAUCCCAUGCCAACUGUCGCUCUUCUCAACGGACACGCCUUCGCCGGUGGCUUCAUGGUAGCAAUGUACCACGACUACCGUAUCCAAAACCCCAGCAAAGGCUUCCUGUGCAUCAACGAACUCGAAUUCGGCGUCCCGCUCCAAACCCCCAUGAUGAACAUCUUCCGGGAAAAGCUCACCCCAGCCAAUUUCCGGAACGUAGUGCUGGGGGCUAAGCGGUUCCCUGGUCCCGAGUCUUUGAGUGCGGGCAUUGUCGAUGGUCUGGGUGGACUGGACGAGACGUUGGCGUUUAUUCGCGAGCGUGGGCUGCAGACUAAAGCGGCUACGGGGAUUUAUGGGACGAUGAAGGAGGAAAUGUAUCAUCAUACGCUUGGGGUUUUGGAUAACCAUGCGGGGAAUCUGGAGUGGAGGGAUCGAGUAGAGGAUAAGAAGGAGAAGGAGCAAGAAGCGACGUUGAAGGCUGUCGAGGCGUGGGAGAAGCAAAGAGGCUCGAAGCUUUAGAUUUUUGUUCAUAUAUUCCCUUAGACGUGCAUUCAUAUAUACAGGAUAAAUGCAGACCAGUACUGAUCAAUAGAAUCAUAACUUUCUCGUCCGU